AUGCGACGUAGUCGACCACGUUUCCCAUCUUGGCGUCAAAAUCGCCCUCAGUAUCAACAAUCAUAUCGACCUCAAUCUUCUCAAUAUCAACAGGCUCAAUCAAGCGAUGUCUUUGAUUUCCUUAAUUUACCUGAAUCAUUUCCAGCAAUGAAACAACUUAUUGAAGAUCCAAUCUUAACUCCGAUUAUUAUGGAACGUAAUCAACAAUUAGCCCCAUCAUCAGCUGAUAAUUUCGCUUUAAUCAAUUUUGUUACAUGUAUUCGACAAAAACUUGAUGCACUUGUUCUUUCACCAAAUUCAUUUGCUGCUUGUCAAAUAAGUGAAGUACGUGAUGUUGGUUCACAUAAACAUAAUACAAUAAUCCUUCCACCCAUGGGUUCUCAUCUAACAUCAGAUCUUGUUGUUGUUCUUAAAACACUACCAACACGAGAAGCAAUCGAUCAAUUAGGUAAUCGUUUAAAGCAAGAUUUUCAAAAUGAAAUUGCACCACAACAAGCUGCAUUGCUUUCAAUGAAACCUACGAAUGAUGGUCUCUCACUUGACAAUGGAACAAUGGCUGUACACUUACUAUUAACAACAUUACCAGCUAAUUGGCAUUCACUUGAUCCCACAAUACAUUUAGAUCGAGCUAUGUGUAAACGUAAUUUUAAUGCAAUAAAACAUGCCAAAUGGGUCGAUGAAGUUUGUAUUCAUCCAUCAAUUAAAGUUCUUGUGCGUUUAUUAAAAGAUUUACGACAACGUUUCCGAGGUCUCGAGCCUCUUAAUCCGUGGUUAAUUAAUUUACUUGCACAUCAUUGUGUAACAAAUAAUAAUUCAACUGAACAACUACCACCAAGUUAUGCAUUUAAACGAGCUUUACAACUUUUAUCCAGUGGUCUAUUUUUGCCAGGUUUCAAUGGUUUAUAUGAUCCAUUCAGCGAUGCUAAUAUGCAUUCAUCUCGAUCAUAUACAACAAUGACACUAGAAGAGCAAGAUCGUUUAUGUUAUACAAGUCAAACGCUGUUACGUGCUCUUGCAAUACAUCCAAAAUAUGUACUGGGUAUUGAACAUGGGCCAGAUAUAUUUGCUGGACCUUGUCAACUGAACGGUGUUCUAUUUACACCCAAUGAACCUAUCGUAUUCGAUACUGAAUCUAAUGGAUAUCCGAUAAAUGAUGGUCAACAGCAAACAAUGUUAGUUGAAGUCAAUAGUUAA